CUCAGUGUCACUGUUGUAAUGGUCAGCAGGCGUGCCAGCAGGCAGCUAGGAGGCUUUGCUGCGGCCACACUAGCAUGGAUCCUUUGCAGUGUCUCUAUGAACCUCCCUCAAUGGCGAGUGUGGUGUUUCCAAGAACCCAUGGAUUCCAAGCCCAACCUGACUUUAGUGGGGAUGUGGAGAACCUGUGUGUACCACCAGGAAAUCAAUUCCAACAUUUUAAGAGCGUGUUACCAAUAUACCUACCAGGACAACUUCAUUCCUUUGGAUAUUCGUGUUGCUCAACACCUGCUACUGAUCUCCAGCAUUCUCGGCAUGAUUUCUACCGUUUCUGUCAUUGUUGCUCUUAGGAAAUUGUACUCAAGGAGCCUCCAGAAGAAACACACCUACAAUCCAUUCUUCUUCCCGGGCCUUCUGGACAUCAUUGCUAGUGUCUUAAUCUUCAUUUCCAUCUUGUAUAAUUAUUUAUCCAUCAUUCGCAAGGAAGGGAUUGCCUUCCCGCCAUCUUUCCACAUACCACACUUCCCAGAUACUCAGAAAGUUGGCACUGCACUGGCAAUGGCAACUCUCUCUUCUUUCUUAUUUUUAGUGGGUGGCACAAUUUCCAUUUCUUUCACACUUACACCACGUUUUCGAAUACAUUCUAGUAUUUAAAAUGAAUUUCCAACUUACAGACACUUGAAAAUCCAAAAUUACAAGGAGUAAUUACAAGUAUUCUUCAGACAGUUACAUAAAAUUUCCAAAUUCAGAACCAUGCCUAAGAACAACAUUGAGUGGCUUUUGGAUUUUCAUCAAAUAAAUUC